AUGGUUAAGAGAGCUAGUAGGAAGUGGAGGAUGUGCGUGGAUUUCACUGACCUGAAUAGAGCCUGCCCCAAAGACAGCUAUCCUCUCCUGCGGGUCGACGUUGUAGUGGACUCUACGGCUCAGCAUCAACUGUUAAGCUUUAUGGACGCUUUCUCAGGUUACAACCAAAUCCAAAUACACAAAGAUGAUCAGGAGAAGACUUCACGCGAUGUAUCAGAGGCUUAUGAACAAGAUGUUCGUGUAGCAAAUCGGGAGAAACGUCCAAGAACAUUCAACACCCUUCGAUCCUACAACAUGAAGCUCAAUCCGGGAAAGUGCGCCUUCGGAGUGACGACGGGAAAAUUCCUAGGAUUUAUGGUGUCUCAAAAGGGCAUCGAGGCCAACCCGGACAAGAUUCGGGCCAUAAUGGAGAUGGCGCCCCCAAGAAAUGUGAAGGAGGUACAAAACCUCAACGGCAAAAUAGCAGCAUUAAAUAGAUUCGUCUUAAGAGCAACAGACAAGUGUUUACCCUUUUUUCGCACAUUGAAGAAAUCUUUCGAGUGGACUGCCGACUGUCAGCAAGCAUUCGAGGAGUUAAAAGCUUAUCUAUCUUCCCCACCGCUGCUAAGUCCCUCGCAGCUAGGUGAAGAGCUUUUUCUCUACCUGGCUGUCUCCCCUGCUGCUGUCAGUACCGCCUUGAUCAGAGAAGAGGAAAGAGUGCAGAAGCCCGUAUACUACGCCAGCCAGGAGCUUCGCGGUGCCGAAGAAAGAUACCCACCCAUGGAAAAACUCGCUUUCGCAUUAGUUAUGGCAGCCCGCAAGCUUAAACCAUACUUUCAAACCCACACGAUGAUCAUCCUGACUGACAAGCCCUUAAGGCAGGCGAUGAGUAAUCCUGAAGCCGCUGGUCGAUUGGCACUAUGGGCCAUAGAGUUGAGUGAGUUUGACAUCCAGUAUCGACCACGAACCGCUAUCAAGGGACAGAUCGUCUCGGAUUUUAUAGUAGAAUUUACCAGCGACGAGGGCAAGGGGGCAAAAGAAUUUCCUCAGUGGAGCAUACAUACAGACGGGUCAUCCAACAGACAGGCUAGGGGGGUUGGCGUCGUACUACUAUCACCCGAGGGGGACAUGGUUGAGUGUAUGGUCCGUCUCGACUUCCCCACUACCAACAAUGAAGCGGAAUACAAAGCACUAAUGGCGGGUUUCGAUCUUGUCAAAGCAGCAGGGGUCGUAAGUGUAAUCAUUUAUUGCAACUCUCAGGUCAUUACUAAUCAAGUGAAUGGAGACUAUGAGUGCAAGAACGAGAGGAUGAAGAGGUAUCUGGAUCAAGAGAUUGGCUUUGAGAGUAACUGGACCACACCGUUGGUUUCAUACUUAAAGAAUGGCGUCUUGCUAGACAGGAAGGAAGCCGCAAGAAAGCUGAAGGUCCAGGCAGCAAGAUUCGUCUUGAUAAAAGAUAUCCUGACGACGGCGAGGACGCCCACAGGAGAGACACCAUUCCGACAAACGUUCGGGAGCGAAGCAGUCAUACCAGCCGAAGUCAGACUCACAAGCUACAAGGUGCAUAACUACGAUGACAGCAAAAAUGACGAGGCCAUGCAUCUACAACUUGACCUAGUAGAUGAAGUCAGGGUGGCGGCAGAACAAAGGCUAGCACGAUACCAGGACCGCAUGGCUAAGCACUACAACUCACAAGUCCGACGCAGAGACUUCCAAGUUGGAGAUCUCGUUCUAAGGAGAGUCAUGGGCACUGCUAAAGACCCCACCCAAGGGAAGCUCGACCCCAAUUGGGAAGGACCUUACCGGAUCACGUUAUGGCAGAGGAAAGGCACUUACCAUCUGGAGACGUUAGACGGACAGAAGCUGCCGCAUCCAUGGAACACCAAGCACUUGCAGAAGUAUUACCAAUAG